AUGGCCUUUCCGUUCAGAGGGAUAAACAAGACGUACUUGGCUAUUUUGAUAGUCUGCAUAAUAUUUAUUUCCUGCCUCGGCGGACCCUUCACCUCGUAUCAGCCAAAAGUCGGGACGGUGGAAAAGUUGCUCUACCGGGCUACUGGCAACAACAACACCAACACCAACAACAACCGCACCGUCCGCUCUUCUGACCUUGAACCUGGCGAUGUUAUCGAAGACAACGAUACCAGUCCCACGCACGGGCUCUUCAAUUUCUACUCGGGCCCAUGGGAUCCUCCUGGGGUCUCAGAUCUGAACGAAGAAAGGAUGAGGAUUAUCGAGCCGUACAUCAAAGCGAUCACCGACCCCAAGGAUAGACGGUUCCCACGGCUGCGAUGUCCCAUGCCGAUGAGAGAACGGUAUGAAAUUUUCCGACGCCGCAGAAGCUUUGGGACGAGAUGGGACUCGCCGCCGAGACGGUGGUUUUUUGCGCUCAACGUCCACCAAUGCGCUCCCGUCCUGCCACGGCUACUGGCGUCCGUCGUCGAAACCAUUCGCUUCCUUCGGCCAGAAGACUGUAUCUUGUCGAUUGUCGGUCGCCGUUCCAAUGACGGCACGCUGGAGAUCCUGGAGAAAAUUCGAGAUGAGAUGGAGACUUUGAAUGUCACCUAUUACUUCAGCACAAGCGACAUUGACCCGUUUAAAGAAGGUAGCGACUAUAUCACUGAAUGGGCCGCUCUGCGAAACCUGGCACUUGAUCCACUGGUGCGACAGCCGGAACUCUACGACCCUGACACGACGGUCAUCUUCUUGAACGAAGCAGCGUUUUGCACGGAUGACAUUCUAGAACUUAUAUACCAAAGAGUCUAUCAGAAGGCCGACAUGACAUGUGGCAUGGACUGGGCCAACCAUGGAGAAACCUUCAACGACGUGGGGGCAUCUCGGGGAUUGACUGGUGACAUGUUUGUCAAGCCGCCAAAUACUGGUGACACCAACGGCACUCUUUUCCGCAACGACCCCAAAACGAAAACGCGAUUUGAAGCGAAGCUUCCUUUCCAGGUCUAUUCAUGUUGGAACGGCGGCGCAGUCUUCACGGCAAAGCCACUGUUGCGGGAGAAUAUUACCUUCCGCGCCUCACGGCCGGGUGAAUGCCAAAUGGGGGAGCCGACGCUGCUAUGCAAAGACUUCUGGAAGUACGGUUACGGGCGGAUCGCGGUAGUGCCGAGCGUCAACGUCGGCUACAACGACGACGAGUCGCGACAGACCAAAAAGAAAUACGGCUUCGCCACGGAAAUCAUACAGCGCGUGGAGGCGGACCUAGACGUCGGUCGGCACAGCAAGAUCCGGUGGCAGGCCGCGCCGCCAAAGACGGUCAAAUGUGAGUCGGACAUGGAUCACCCCUCCGAGGACGAGAACGAGGUUGAGGAGGCCAAGAAGCUCGCGGCCGAGCCCUUUGCAAGCUCCGACAAUGCGGACAAGGAGCCGCAGAAGAACAUUGUCUAUGAGGACGGUGGUGGUCCUGACCUAUAA